GAAAAACAGACUCUCGGAGCCGCAAAUGGGGAAGACGGAUUCUCAGACAAGGCUUGCGGAUGCCCCGCAGCCAUCAUUUAACUGCGUCCGCAGAACAGUUACGGUUUGUCACCCGAGCCUCCCGGAUCGCCUCGUUUGUCCCUAGUGAGACCCCGAGGCUCUGCCCGCGCCGGGCUUGUCGGUACCUGGAUGCAUGUCGUGCUCUGGGCAGCGCGGGCGCAGGGCACGCGUUCGCGCACACCCGCGCACACACGAAAUCGCGCAAGAGCUGAACCGAGCCCGGUUUCCAUUUCAAAAAAGGAGACAGCCUCUACUGCGAUGAUAGAAGAGACGGUGGUGUGAAGUAGGGACUGAGAGGCGUCGAGCGGUGGAACGGUCCAUCUCGGAGACUAAUUUUCUGGAGUUUCUGCCCCUGCUCUGCGUCAGCCCUCACGUCACUUCGCCAGCAGUAGCAGAGGCGGCGGCGGCGGCGGCGGCGGCGGCGGCUCCCGGAAUUGGGUUGGAGCAGGAGCCUCGCUCGCUCCUUCGCUCGCGCUCUCCGCGCUCAGUGCCCAGCGGCAGGAGGAGCCUGCACCCAGGCGCCGCGGGCGGGCGGUAGGCGCCGGAGCCCGGCCCCGAGGUGCGUCCCGGAUCCCAGUGCGCGUCUAGCAAGGAGCCUGCUUCCCGGGGAGUGCCGGCAGCGCCGCGGGCCGGUGCUCGGCGCGCCGGGCCAUGCAGCGGCGGCCGCGGCGGAGCUCCGAGCGGCGGUAGCGCCCCCUGUGAGGCGGCCCAAGAUGCCCCGGCCACUGUGAACGGUGCCGCCCGCCAGGACACGCUCAGCCCCGGACACGCUCGGCUCUGCGCGCCCGCGACAGGCACCGGGGCGAAGGAGCGGCGAGCGCGGCACAGGCCGCCCAAGCAGGGGCAGGGGAGGCCCGCCGGUGCAGCGCGCGGACGCGUACUCAGUCCGACUCGGGCUGGCACUGGCGGCUAGGGAUGUCGUCCUGGACGAGGUGGCAUGGACCCGCCAUGGCGCGGCUCUGGGGCUUCUGCUGGCUGGUUGUGGGCUUCUGGAGGGCCGCUCUCGCCUGUCCCACGUCCUGCAAAUGCAGCGCCUCUAGGAUCUGGUGCAGCGACCCUUCUCCGGGCAUCGUGGCGUUUCCGAGGUUGGAGCCCAACAGUGCAGACCCUGAGAACAUCACCGAAAUCUACAUUGCCAAUCAGAAAAGGUUGGAAAUCAUCAACGAAGAUGACGUUGAAGCUUAUGCAGGACUGAAAAAUCUGACAAUCGUGGAUUCUGGAUUAAAAUUUGUGGCUCAUAAAGCGUUUCUGAAAAACAGCAAUUUACAGCACAUCAAUUUUACCCGAAAUAAACUGAUGAGCUUGUCUAGGAAACAUUUUCGUCACCUUGACUUGUCUGAGCUGAUCCUGGUGGGCAAUCCAUUUACAUGCUCCUGUGACAUUAUGUGGAUCAAGACUCUUCAGGAGACUAAAUCCAGCCCAGAAACUCAGGAUUUGUACUGCCUAAAUGAAAACAGCAAGAAUAUUCCCCUGGCAAACCUGCAGAUACCCAAUUGUGGUUUGCCAUCAGCAAAUUUGGCUGCACCCAACCUCACUGUGGAGGAGGGAAAGUCUAUCACAUUAUCUUGUAGCGUUGCAGGCGAUCCAGUUCCGAAUUUGUACUGGGAUGUCGGUAAUCUGGUUUCAAAACAUAUGAAUGAAACAAGCCACACACAGGGCUCCUUAAGGAUAACUAACAUUUCAUCUGAUGACAGUGGAAAGCAAAUCUCCUGUGUGGCAGAAAAUCUUGUAGGAGAAGACCAAGAUUCUGUGAACCUCACUGUACAUUUUGCUCCAACUAUCACAUUUCUCGAAUCUCCAACCUCAGACCACCACUGGUGCAUUCCAUUCACUGUGAAAGGCAACCCCAAACCAGCGCUUCAGUGGUUCUAUAACGGGGCCAUAUUGAAUGAGUCCAAAUACAUCUGUACUAAAAUCCAUGUUACCAAUCACACGGAGUACCAUGGCUGCCUCCAGCUGGAUAAUCCCACUCACAUGAACAAUGGGGACUACAAGUUAGUAGCCAAGAAUGAGUAUGGGAAGGAUGAGAAACAGAUUUCUGCUCACUUCAUGGGCUGGCCUGGAAUCGAUGAUGGUGCCAACCCAAAUUAUCCUGAUGUAAUUUAUGAAGAUUAUGGGACUGCAGCAAAUGACAUUGGGGACACCACGAACAGAAGUAACGAAAUCCCUUCCACAGAUGUUGCUGACAAAAGCGGUCGGGAACAUCUCUCGGUCUAUGCUGUGGUGGUAAUUGCGUCUGUGGUGGGAUUUUGUCUGCUGGUGAUGCUGUUUCUGCUGAAGUUGGCGAGACACUCCAAGUUUGGCAUGAAAGGUUUUGUUUUGUUUCAUAAGAUCCCACUGGAUGGGUAGCUGAAAUAAAGGCAAAGACAGAGAAGGGGGCUGUGGUGCUUGUUGGUUGAUGCUGCAUUGUAAGCCGGACUCUUGGGACGGGCGUUGGCUUCUCCCGGGAGGUGCCGCUUAGCUGGGGGUUUUCUAGUAGCUGUGGGUGGUGUUUGCAGGAGGUCCUGUGUGAAGCCUGCGGCUGUCCUGAGCUGUGUUUGGGGAGCACCGCUGCAGAGGCCGCUCCCAGGCUGCUAAGCAAACACUCAAGAAAACAUCUUAAGUUAAUGCUUCUCUUUUGUUCUUGCAAUUGUUCAAAUACGAAACUGACAUGGGAUUCCGUUGGUUUAUGCUUCUCUUCUGAAAGGAGUGUUCUUUGACCAUACUGGAAAUGUAAUGAUUCUUAUUGUUUCUGUUCAUUAAAGGUGAACUGCAAAGUUUAAAAAAAAAAAAAUCUAAAUUUAGGGACAGGUAUAAGAACACACUAAACAGCCUAAUCUCCACAUAACACGUAGUUUAGCAUUGUUUUCUGUUGAUGUUUAAUGAAGACUGAAUUCAGAAAGUCUUUCUUUUCCGUCUACAACACAUCCACUGAGAAAGUUAAGGGCAUCGCUGUGGGGACUUGGCCAGGCCACCGAGAGGUUCUCUCCUUCACUGGUGAUAAAGGUCCAGAGUCAUGCAAUCAACGCUAAUGAUUUUUCUAAAGUUUGUUAGCAGGUGAAAAAUAAAAGCAGCUCUGUGGUCAGGGGCUCUAGAUUUAGGUUACGUGUAGUCAGUUUCAGAAUAACUACAAGAGUGAAAUAGACACACAUGGCGCGCAUGUCCUUUUAUUUGCCCCCUGCGAUCCACCUGCUUUUUAGAAGUUUCCUAGUGAGAGGGCCGCAGUAUCUCAUGCUGUUCCCAUGACAGAACUGCAGCUUUUCUACUCUGAAAAGGUCUGCAGGCAGAAUGGCUGGCCUGCUGGGAGCAGGAGACCAUAUUCUAAGAAGGAUAGAUACUGCAUACUACAGUACUGCUGGUUUUCAUGGGCAGGAAGGCUCUUCCUGACCCCAGCAGCACAGAGGUAAUGAGCGUGCGCUUUAUCAGGUCCAGCCUCAUUGCCGAGAGGGUAGCCUGGGAGCUACAGAAUCCUGCGUCCCUGCCUUAGUCCUGUCACGGACACCUGUUUCGCUCACUUGGCCAUUGCAGUGACCUUUGUCCGCUUUGUUCAGCCUGUGCCAGGUAGGAUCCCUGUCCUGCAGACAGGUUCAGCUGCCCUCGCCCCAGCUCACCUCACACUUUCCACGGGAGGGGGGCGACAGAGCCAGGCCCGGAGCAUUUCGCUUGAAAGCACGAUCAGCUCUGACCGUGGAGGCACGCUCAGAGACGCCAUGGCUGGAUUGGAAACUUACUGACAUUUGAAAAAAUUAUUAUUUUUUUUUGAAAUAGUUAACUUAAGUUUUGCAGUUCAGCUUUAAGGAUUUCUAGAUUUUUUACUAGUCUGACAUGUUCGGAAACAUUGUUUUGCGUCCUGUGUAACUGAGGCAUUAAUCUUAAUAAACCAGGAUCCACUUAGGCACCACUUGAUAUAAAAGGAUUAUCCAUGAUGAGUAUUUUAUACUGUAUCUUUUACAUUAGCCACUAAAUAUGUUAUUGCUUGAUACAGACAUUUCACAGGGUCCUAUGGAUUACAGCAUUGAACUUGGCUACUCCAUACCCCUGCCUCAGAGAGGGGCAGUUUCUCGGAAGCAUACACAGGCUGCUUGUUCUCAAACGUGUGCUUUCCAAAGACACAUUUGAGUGGGGAGAGCAACGGGCCUUUGGUGUGGGGGGGGGGGGGUCUGAAUAUUCCCUGGAUUCCCAUUUGCUUGCUCACUGAUAAAUGACAGGUCCUGUCACUACUUAGAUUUUGAUCUCUCCCAAAGUUGUUGAUUUACAAAGAGGCCAGUUAAUUGCAGAAACCUUGAACCCUGAAAGGAAAAGGAGAUUCACACAGAGGGCGGACCAGAGGUGAUCAGUACCCCCAGCAUUCUUAAAUAUCAGCCAUUUGGUGCAAGUUUUUUUUUUUUUUUUUAAACCCUUUAGAUUUUAUUCCAUGGAACCAGAAAAAGGCAAUGAAUUGUUUAAGAACUAUUUUCUACGUUUCCCAGACCCAAAAGGAAAAAGAAAAAAAAGAAGAAUAUUUGUAUUCAACAGCUAGAAGACUUGCAGGGUAGAUUUUUGUUUUAAAAUGGAGAGAAGUGGACAGAUAAGGCAAUUUAAUAUAUCAAAGAGCAGUUGACAUCUCCUAGGGAACGAUGAAAACAGCAGGCUAUUAGAAAAUUGUUUCAUAUGGUUCUUGUGUUCCUCGCUUUUCAUUUUUCUUUAAUCCCCGAAGACCACAGUCAGUGACAUAUCUUCUCAUUUCUAUCCUCUAGACCACCCUCUUUCAUCCUUUGCUUUUUUAUGUCCCCUACAAGACAUCUUUUUACAGCUUCCUAAUGACACGUAUCAUGUAUUUUUUCAGCAUUAGAAAACGACAGGCAGCAUUUUUGCUGAAACCAAGUGCAUUGCCCCCCAACCGGGACCUGGCAUCUCAGUGCCAGGCAGGCGCCCUUGGCAAAGGGUGCGUGCUGGGCGUGCGGACGCCCAGCCCUGUAGAGCCAACUCCUGCCUCCCGGGAAUGGGGCCCCAGUUUCCCAAAUCUUCUGAUUCUUUAAGAGAAACUUGAAACCUGGAUUUUUUUUUUUUUAAAUGUGAAAUGUCCCUAUUUUUAAAAAGUUGGCUCGGUUAUUUUUAAAACAUUAUGUAGGCCAACAAAACAUGUCUGUGGGCUGCCAGGUUGUUACUUUUGUCUUAAAGCAACAUCAUUGUUCUCUGUUUCCUACUAUCUUUCCUUUGCAAAUGCACUUCCCAGCAUGGCCAUUGAGAGCUUUUUUUGCCGUGGAGUUUGGUGCCCAAGGGAUCUGCAGCGUGUCCCUUCCCAUCGGGGCUCUCCUGUGACUUCUGCUAGCUGGGGCCUUGGCUUCGUCACCCUCGGUCACUGUUUUCCCUCCGUCCCCAAUGGGCCCCACUUCUGAGUGGCGGGAGACCACCUAGCAAGCCCUUCCUCCCGUUUUGUCUGACAUGGGCCUUCCUUUCAUCAGGGUCCCUGUCAUAUGGCCCACUUGGAUGGGGUUCGAUGGGAGAGCACACAGGCCCAUUCAUGGGUCCUUGAUGUACUGGUGUGGCCGCUGGUAAGUGGGAAACAAGCUUGCCACCUCAAGAGGUGUGGUUCAGGCCCUGUGUCUUGAAUGGUGUCCCACUGAGACCCUCCAAGGCCACUGAGACAGACUAAGGAUCCCCCACUGGCAUCCCCAGAGACACCGGUUUGAGGCCAAAGAAGGUGCAUCUCCCGAUGGGAGAAAUUCUUGGGUUUUCACUCCUGGUCUCCCAGCCCAGACCCAUUUCAUUUUUAAGAUUUUAUUUAUUCAUUCGAGACACAGAGAUAGAGAAAGAGAGAGAGAGCAUGAGCAGGGGGAGAGGAAGAGGGAGAAGCAGGCUCCCCGCUGAGCCAGGAGCCGGACAUGGGGCUCGAUCCCAGGACUCUGGGAUCAUGACCCGAGCCGAAGGCAGAUGCUUAACCAUCUGAGCCACCCAGGCGCCCCCCCCCAUUUCAUUUUUGACCCAUCGAAUGUUCUUUCCAAAAGUAGGGGGCACAGAGGAGAAGGAAAUAAUCCCAGCCCCAAGCUGCCACAUAGGGCUCAGAGGAGGUUGGCCCCUGCUUCCAACUCUUCUGAAGGACACCCCGAGUGGUUGGGGCUUGAGGCUCCCCCCAGACAGAGCAGAGGCUACGGUUGUUGGGCAGUCUGAGGAGCAAUCAGCUCAAGGAGAACAAGGCAGGAAUUCAGCUCGCUGCCAGGUGCCGGAGCACGCGUGAUGGAAGCGCUCCAGCUUCGUCUCUCCUUUUCUCUUGAUCUGCUUAGAAUUCCUGACUUUUCUCUCUUUCUCUCUAGCAAUCUAAAUUGACUCCAUGACAAACAGGGGGCUUGUUUUCAUUUGCUUUCUUGGUUGCUUUGCACACGCUUUGUUGUUGUUGUUGUUGUUCAUUGCAAAAUGGGACCAAACACGAAUGGAGCCUGAACUAAACUCUCUCAUGCCACUGUGGAGCGGAUGAUGCACUCUUGAACUGUUCUGGUGCUUUCUAUCUAGCACUCCUCCCUGGUUUUCAUUUCAUCCCCUCACACAACAGUAGAUGCUCAUUUCACCUUGCCUUGUCCAGACCAGAUGCAGAGGGAGAGACAGGACUCAUGUCAUCUGGUGCCUUCACAGGGCGGCUGUGUCCGGCCAUGUGGGCUGUGCCCUUCCUGUCUAGCCAAGGUCAAGGGUCCCCCGGGGGUCCCGCAGACUGGACUCCAGGGACACCUGGGCAGAGGCCACUAUUUCAUUAAAUGAGUUCUGCUGUGUUCACACACCUGCAGUGCCCACGAGCCAUGUCAGGUUUAUUCCAGGGCACUUGGGAAGGUUAAGGACUCUUCCGGACAGAGCAAGAAUAUAAUUUUCCAUGGGGUGCUGCCAGAUGGAAUUAAGUGAACAGAACUCCCAACCCAGAGAGUGACAUGAAAACAGUUGUCGCAGAAGGCAGCUUUCCACUCGGGUUAGUCCGUUUCCUUGUUCGGUCAUCAGGGACAAGGGAGCCCCCCAGCCAUCUGAUUCUGAUGGUGAGAUCACUCUGGAUUUCAUUCAGGUGAGUGUUGCGGUGGAGUCUUGGGGUGUUCAUUACUGAGCACCCAAGAUAGGAUGCUAUUGGCUUGUGUCUUAGUUUUCACAGAAAAAAAAAAUGUGUGAGAAGCAAAGGAAAGAACAGAGAUUUUCACCCCCUUUAUUUUUCCAUUUAUGAAUGGAGCAUAAUCAAAUAUAAAAGAGUGAGAGAUUCUGUUCACAAUGUUUAGGUAUAUCAAAUCGUCACAUUGUACCCUUUAACUGUCUUACGCAUUUAUUUGUUAGUCACACCUCAAUAAAGCUAAAAAGAAAAAAAUGGGAAAAAAAACUAGCAAGAGCUUCUGGAGAAAGACAAAUUCUUGGGUUUCAUUCACUUCCUGUUCAAAUCCAUUUGCUGUAAUCCAUAGGCAGUCUGUGAAUCAUAAGCAUGCCCUGUUUUUCUCCAUAAUGUUCCAGGGUUUUAAAGUCAUUUUUUUCACGUUUCCUGUAAAUAAUGGAUAAUCAUUUUUAUUUUAUUUUUAAGUGCUGUUUUAACAAUGUGGAUAGACCAUAAAUGUACUUGCUGAAUUCAUUCAUUUUUUUAACAAGGCAAUAAAGUUUUAUAAUUCAU